CUUCCCUAAGAUGGCGUCCAUUCUCGAUCAGUACAUGCAAGCUUCAGCGGGAGAAAACUUGAAUCCGUUUCUAGGACCAGACGUUACGGAACCUGUAAGCAAACUUACAAUUUUUUCUUAUUUCAGGUGUCAGGAGAAGUAAGAUAAACACACUUUUAUGGGUAUUUCGAACCAAGUUUUGAUUCAUGCGGAUCUGAACUUCAGUGGUAGUUAACAGCGUUGAAGUUAGUUGCUCUCUAUUAAAUUUUCAAAGCACUGAUAGAUUCCAUGUUGCCCUGCACCUAUUCAGUAUUAGACUUCAGAUGAAAUAAAAAUGGGGUCUGUCCUCCAAUAGAUCAUGAGUAAGAAUCAAUCAAAAUGCGCCCAAUUAAUUUAGCUAAUAUAAUAUUAAAUUACUGUGUACCAUAGGUGUCUGCUCAACAAAUAGAUUUCAUGUUGCCGUACAUCUUUUCAGUAAUAUAUCACAGAUGAUGUUGAAAUGUGGUGCAAGGUGCAGCAAAGUGUGUCACUGAUGUCCUUUAUAGAACAUAAGAAAUUCAGGUUAUCAUAAAUUUCGUUUUGGACAUAAACUUUAAAUGGUAUUCAUCAUGUUUGGUAUCUCCAUGCUUAAACAACAGAUAUCAACUGGAUACGUAGAAGUUAAGAGUGAAGAUGAUGUUCCCAUUUUUCGGCGACAGAAAAUCAACUUCAGGUAAAUAGCCAAGACAUCAGAUCUCUUAGAUAACAAGUACAACAGAAUAAACAUACAAAUGAAAACAAAAUGUUGUGGUGUACUAUGUAGUUCACAGAAAAUUGAAAAGGCUUUUAGAAGGCCGAAUUUUUCCCCAAUCUCUCCCCUUUAAUGCACAAUGAUUUAGAUAUUCAGUCUACUGAGCAGAGCCCCCUUAAAACCUCAGCUCCCCUUCCCCCCCAAAGUUUCAAAUACAAUCAGUAAGUAAGAGUACUUAUAAUUAUAAUAUACACCAAAUUAUCUAAUGAGUUAUUUAUUAUCCAACUGCACAAAUGUCCUCAAAUUUCCUUUGGAACAACUCACACAAACUUAGCUUGGAACCUGUUAAAUGCAACGACCCAAUUAACUUUAAAAUAUUGUGGAAUAUUUGUACUCCAUUUGCUUGUUAAUAUUCUACUCUUUUAAUGAAGUUGGAUAAUAAUUGAGGUAUAUGCAAGCUUGCAAAUAAUUGUCGUCUAUAGCUUGGUCACUUCUCAAGCCACUGAGUAGUUUUCAUCAGACAAGAAGUAAAACUGGUUGUUGAAAGUUGUCUACAGAAGAUGACGUCAACUCCACAUGUUUUUACCUACAGCCACACAGAUACAGUAUUAUUUUAUAAAGUGGAUCACUAUCAAAGAAUUUCAUUAUUUGGCUUCAUUAAAACAAAUGUUUUUUUGUAUCAUAUGUGUGUACCCACAUUCAGACUGUCCAACUACCAAGGGCAUGUGUGCCCAUCAAAUUUGAAAUUUGUCACACAUUUGUUCAAUGAUACAUGAGCUAAGACAUUAUGGUCUGUAAGUCAAGCAAAAGUUUUAAAUUUCAACUAAACAGUUGUGUGCUACAGCUAGUUUUAGAUAAAUUUUAUUGUAAUAACUCAAACAUAGCCUUCCCUGAGAGUAAUUUUUAUGUGACUGAUUUAUAUAUCUUGUACGCAUUGUUUUCAGACCACCAAGCAAUAUCGUUGAUGUUGUUGUGUGUAACAAUAUGGUUGCUAUAGCACUGAGUAACAAUGUGUUGAUGAGACUGGAUUUGACAAACCCCAGUGAAAUAGACAGUAAGUGCCAUGACUGAAGAAAUGUACUUAUUUAAGUUCAGGCUUAUAUACCAUAAGGUCAUAUGUACAUUCACUUUUCAUUGACUGUCAAGAUGACAGAAGAUGAGAAUAAAGUUGGUGAUUUGUUUUUUCUCUUUUUCUUUAACGGAGAGCAAAUUGCAUGGCCUGGAAUUAACUUUCUGCAAAUUUUUUUUUUUCAUGAGUAACAGUGUCGUAGUUUUGCAGCAAUGAACAUUUUGCAUGUGUCUGGUUGUAAAUGGUUGUGCUCUAUGGUGAAAAAUGGCUGAUUGCUCUUUUGAGUUGUGAGAUAGCUAUUUCUGAUAAUUUACCUUAGGUGAUAACCAAUUUAAACUUGUUUAUCAAAUGAUAAAACAGCCAUUAAUUAAACCAGGUCAAGGGAAGAUAUCGUGUUUUGUCAGUGACUUGCAGAAUGAUGUACCAGUGUUCUGUAUUAUUUGCCUCAAAGUUACUAAACCUUUGGCUUUGGUUACAAUUGAUCUACUUACCACCAAAAAAUCAUGCAACAUUGAUCAGCACAGAGUUACAAUUUUAAAGCAUUAACUGAAGUUGAAACAACUAACAUUAAAUUCUCACAAGUAGCUGAAAAAAGAAAAGUAUGUUGUACUUCUUAGCUCUGGUAGUCUCAGAAUUAACUUUUAUAAAUCAAUAUUUACGCAGGCGUUGAUAUCACCAAACGAAUGGAUGACUCUGUUCAUAGAAUCUUCAUGGAUCCAACUGCCAGACAUCUUAUUGUCUGCAUGAAGUCUCAAGAGUCAUUCUAUUUGGCCAGGAAUUCCAAGAAGCCCAAACCAUUAGCAAAAAUGAAGGUACUGUAUGCCUGACUAUUACAAAGUAGUAAAUAUGCCUAUUAAGUAUCAAUAUGUAAUAAUGUUUCCCACGUUUUGGGGAAUUCAGUUACCACAGCUGUACAAAGAAAAAAAUCCAUGAUAAAAUGAGCCACAACGACUGAGAUAGUUUGUUAACAGGGGGGAAAAGCGAGAAGGGCUGGAAGAUUCUCCUACCCUACCCUCUCUCCUUACAGGUGGUUUCACUUAAAGCCAGGUCCUUCAUGGCCUUUCUGACUGACGCCUUUUGACAGGCUACAAUUCACGCCACUAUAUGAUUACCUUUGAAUGAACAUAGGUGUGGUCUAAUUGGUAAGAACUGCAUCUGAAGGCAAUAUUUAGCCUGAAAACUCAAAUGAAGUGGCAUAAAAUUGGCUUGGGAGUGCUAAAAUCUCAAUACUUUCUACAAGUUGAUGCAACCUGGCUAACACCAUCGUGGGUGAAAUUUUGAAUUAAAAUCAUUUGUAGUUACAUUAAAAGUAAAUGUAGAACAUUGCUUAGAGAUAUCCAUCAGGCUUGAACAAAUACACUAUAUUUUAAGUAUAGUGUAAUUCAGACCAGUUUCUUAAGUUCUUGAUAUUUUUAUUUGGUCUUUAGGGACAUCUGAUCAAUGCCAUUGCAUGGAAUAAAUCAAAACUGACUGAGAGUUCUACACAGACAAUUCUUCUGGGGACAACCAAAGGUUUGUUUUGUGAUGAACGUUUUUGCUAGCAAAUUUCAGCAGUGUAUUUAAAAUGUAUUUAUGAUUGAAAAAAUAAUAGACUAUGGUAGGAUUGUGUGUGAGCAUUGUUUGGUUAUCCUAUGUGAGUUGUACACAGAUUAGACUUUUGGAUCAAGAUCAGUAUCUGGGCAACUGCCCACCUACCCCUCCCCAAGCCCAACAACAGUCAAUUGAUAACAAGCUAGGGUUAAUAUUGGGUUAGGGGAGGAGUAGGUGGGCGGUUGCUAAGAUACUGAUAUUGAUCCAGACUUUUUAUCAUUUCUGUUCUUUUAUUGUCUUAGUUGAUUUCAUCAAUUACUGAUUUCCAUUUUUUGGCCAGGUACUCUAGGUUUCUUUUUGAUGGCAUUCUUGUAAUUAGUAAGAGUAGUCUCUCAGCAAAUUGUGCUGUUAGUUUGGGAGUCAUAUAUUGUAGGAGUGGAGUAUUUAGAGAAUCUAGGAGUUUUCUUUUCUCAGUUUUUUUUUAUUAUUUUUUUUUUUUUACCAUGAGUGAAGUGGCAGCCACUCAGCUUAAUAAAGUAAUUUCAAAUUGAAUGAACAAAAUCACUGUCAGUGGUUAACUGGCAAACUUUGCUGGCUCCACUGGUAAUGAAACACUAUGUGUCUGUUGCAUGUACAUUUUACAUUUUCUUUUCAAUUUUGUCAGGGCUGGUAUUUGAAACAGAGGUAGAGCCAGAGGAGAAGUUCUUUCAAGGUGGUCUGGAAAAAUUUUGGAAGCAAGUGAGUCAAACUGUGAAAAAAAGCUGUAUUUCAUUGUAUAUUAUACAUUCUAAAAUAAUUCAAAUCGUAUGUGCACUCUGAUUGGCCAUAAAACCAUUUUACAUGAGUGUAUGUAAACACGGUUUUCGUUCCUCUUUCAUUAGUUAUUUUAUAAAAGAAAUGUAAAAUGGUUUCUGUGUUUACAUAGCCUAAUGUAAACACUUGGGAGGUUGGGAGAACACGAGAUAAGCUGGAAACCACUCCACUUUGCGUUGUGGUUUCCUACGCUUAUCUCGUGUUCUCUCAACCUCUCACGUGUUUACAUCAGGCUAUGUAAACAUGGAAACCAUUUUACGUUUCUUUAUUACAUAGUAUACAAUCAUAUAUUGUAUAUGUAUGUUGUGGUUCAAUUUUAUCCUUGGUUCAAAUUUUCUUUUCUUAGGUUUUUGGAUAUUGUAAUGUAUGAUUAUGAGUUUGAAACAAAGGAAAAUAAAAUUUGAACCAAGGAUAAAAUUGAACCAUAACAUAUACAUACAUAUUAUAUAAUUAUUAAGAGAGAGAUUUAAAUCAUAUUUUAAAAACACAAAAACAAUCUUGUUGUGUUUCAGUUGUACAAUGUGAAUUCAAGUGGUUGUCCAGAAGAGCAGAUUUAUGGAAUCAUGUUUGAGAAGUUUCCUGUGUCUCCAAAAUCUGACAGGAAAUACUUCGUUAUGGUAUCAACUUUGAGGUACUACUGACAUAGCCUUAAUACGAGAUCUUUUUGUCAAGACUUUUACAAGCUUGGCUUGCGAUGUAUCUCUAUUUUCAGGGCUUGGAAAUUUAAAGUAGAAAGGGAAACAAUAAUUGAAAUUUUUCCAUGGCUUAAACAGUGGUGCUCAGCUCCUGACAACUAAAAUUGGUGGAAUUUCAGAUUUUCACUAGCCCUUAUGUGGACUUUUUACUGGAAAAUGGACACAAGCAAGUUCCAGGGUUCAAAACAGUUGGCUUGCUAUUUCUUAGCUCUCUGGGAAAACACAUAGAGGAAAAGGCUAAAACAUCAAUUCAUGACAGUAUUUCCACCAACUUAAAGACUUAAGAAGCUGUUUAUUUUUUAUUAAAUGACUUGAGCAAGUUGCGAAUGAUAUUUAAAAAAAAUUGAUAUCUGUUCUAUAUUUAGUAACACUUUGAUUUCAUUAGUGAUGCCUCAUAAUAUUCCAUUUUCCUUUGCAUACAGCCGCCUUUAUCAGUUUAUUGGUGAUGUAACAGUUACAGACUCCCUGGAUUUACAGCCAUUGUUUGCAGAAUAUGAGAGCAACCCUGGUAAUCAUGAUCCCUCCACUACUUGUGAUGACCUUUAACCUUUUUUAAUAUUCCUGUUUUGAGGGAAGAAGGGAGGCUUUUAAAUAAAACUUUUCCUGUCCUUUCUGUAAAGAUCCCUUCCUUUCAUCCUUCUACAAUGCCAUUCACCUCAAGGUUUUAUUUCUUUUUAGCUUUGCUUAUUUCUUUUCUUUCUCUUGUUUGUUUUGUUCAUUCAGUCAGUAGUCAGUUAUCUUUUAUUUUUAUGUGGCUAGUUUGUUCUUUUGUCCUACCAUCUUUAUUUUCUAUCAUCUGUUCUUCUCCCUGGUCCUCAUUCACUUUUUUAUUGUUUUAUUUUUUUAGCACCUUUCCUUGAGAUGCCAGGUCAUUUGGAUUCUAGUGAAUUAGCUCUGUUUUACCCCAAGAUUAGGGGUCUGCCAAGUUCUUUUGCGUGGCUCACAGGUCUGUUCUCCUUACUUCCAUUAUUUUAGUGACAUAGUGAAUUGAUUCCCCAACUUAUGUACACACCUAAUCAGUAAAUUUCUAAUUGGCCAGUCCUCUUGUUGGCCAGCUUGCUGGCAAGAGAGAGUUAGGCACUGAAAGUCAAGAACUUUUUUGUUAAACAGCUGUGAAUGGUCUUAUAAGCAGCUGUGGUGUAAAGGAAACCCAAACAGGAGGACCUGCUUUCAGGCAAACAGAUAGCAGUAUGAGAUCUUACAGAUGGCUAUCGACUGCCUGCAACCAACUUUUACUGAAACCCCUGAUUAUCUUAUCUCUCCAUCUUCUAGGAAGUGGUGUUUACUUUGGUAAACUAGACUUUGGUCCCCCCGAGUCUUGGGAUAAUAUCACAGCAGAAACAAGAUUAUUACAGUAUCCUUUUAGAACAAAUCAAUUCACAUAGUUACACUUAAUGUGAUUGUGAACAUUCAAAGUAUACAUUUGUUAAUUUAAAAAACAAUUUUUCUCAACUCAACACAAGAUAUGGGUUUGAGGAAGGAAAGGAAACAACACCUCCUCUAUCCAUUGGACUGACAGGUUUCCAUGCUCUUAUGCUGCAUAAAGACAAGUAUGUAGUUUGUAUUUGGACAACAAUUUUGUAGGUGUAACUUGGAGAAGCAUUUUUUGUUGUCCUGUUGUUCAUGACCCAAUUGACUUCAGAAAAACCACACAUCUCUCAAAGGGUUGUGGCCUUCAAUUAGAAGAUAGUUGUAGAGAAAAUUUCAUCAGAAACUGUUGACCUUAGAUAUUUUGGGCAAUACUCCUGAAGCUGUUAAAACUUUGGUUGUCAAAGCAAGUAUAGACAGUGUCAGUGGUAAAAAACUGGUCAUGGAGCAACUUGUUGCAUUUUUCGACAAUUCCUUGUGUUUAUGGUCUGUCUUUGAAAUUAAAUUUAGAUAGAUAUGUGCAUAAAAUAUUGCAUGAAAUGGCACAAUUCAUGUAUUUUCUUGUUCUUUUUUUUUUCUUUUGUUAGUGUUUGAAGCUCAAUUUGUCAUUCUGACUAGCAAGACAGAUGCACAUUUAAUUGUCAAUGCUAUAGUCAUGCUCAGGUGAAAUCUGUUUGGCUUUUUCACUAGGUUUCAGGCAGUAUCACUUCUCAGUGAACAAGUUGUGUUUGAAGAUCAGUUUCCACCUCGGGUUGGUAUUAGAUUUUUAAUUUGGACCAAAAGUGAAAGUGAGAGGAUAUAUCAAAAUGAAUAACAGUUUUUAAAGUGACUUUUAGAGCUGCCAGUAAGAGCUGGUAGCUGGCUUCAACUAUUGGCUUGUCUGCUAUUAUCAGGCAAGUACUUUCGCCUCAUUUCUGUUGAAAAAUCAUAUAAUUACAGAAAUACCAUGAAAGAAAUUUGUAGUGAAGCCAAAUUUUCCAAAUUUUUGGUGGAAUUGAAUGCAUGAUUUACGUGGUCAAAAUUUGCUGGUUUGUGCAAUGCACAUUUUAACUGGAGUGAACAAUUGCUAGCCUGCAAAGUAGGGUUAAUUUUGGCAAGUGAGUGCUCAGUGUUAUCUUGGGGAAAAUUAGAGUUGCCAUCUGAUUUUUACAGAAGCAGAAUGCUAGGAAGGGAAAGAAAUUUGUAUCAGGGGGUGAGCAAGGGUCAAAAAGAAGGAGAGGGAUCAGGGGGUGGGGCAAUGGAUAGAUCUCACCUUUGCCAACCCCCUUCCCCCCACCAUCCACUCUAACCCUAAAUUAAAUAUGACCAGUUGAGUAAAAGAUUGCAAGCUUCUUAAAGUCAACUCGCCCCUAUAGGAUGUCUGCACUGCAGGCUAAAUGGCUCCUAGUCUUGCUUUUGAUCUGUUGAAACAACAUGGCAUCCAUAAAUGAUGACCUGGCUGCACACUAUUUCUUAUUUCCUCUUUACUUUCAAACUUAUUGACAGCACUGCACCUUGUACCUGCACAAAAAUUCAUGAAAUGCACACAGCUGCAAUGUGACUGUGCCUGUUGAUUAUUGUUUUUAGUAUGGUGCAAUGAGAGGACUCUUUAUUGAUACAGUGAAGAAGACUUUGUGGAUAUUCUCAGAUUCAGCAAUUUUUCAGUAUCAUGUUACAAGAGAGAGCAGGUAACAAUCACUUUCCCCAGUGACCAUUUUUAACCAUUAUUGGAUAAAAUGAAACGCAGACCACUCAUUUAGCAGCAGUAUUUUUAACCCCUUCACUCUUAAGAGUGACCAGUAUCUAAUUUCUCCUUACAAUAUCACCCCCUGAAUCACACAUGAAAGUAAAAAAAAUGAAGGAAAUGUUCACCAAAUUAAAAAAACCCAAGAAUGUUAAGACUAAUUCUCCCCGUCAACACCUUAGGAAUUCUAUAGGGACCAGUAAGGAGAUUAUACAUACCGAUGUUAGAGUAAAUACAGUUUUCAUGCAACAAUCUAAACACCUUCAUCUUUUUUUUGUAGGGAUGUCUGGAAAAUGUACCUUGAAAGGGGGGAGUUUGAGUUGGCCAAGGAGUAUUGCAGGGUAAUGUUCAACAUGGUUACUGUAUUGGUGGUUCAAAAUGGUUUUGUCUUUAGUGCCGAUGCUAUUUGUGAAAAUCAGUGUUCAAUGUGGGACAACUUGUAAUUGGACAUUCUGACAGGAUAGUGAUCUUGUCAUGUAUCCAGACUGGAGAGUACGUUUGAAACUGCGCCCUGUGUUGUAUUUAAUGUGAAAGUAUGUUACUUGAUGAAGUUACUCUAAUUUUUGAUACAUGUUAUGUUACCUUUUUUUUUUUUUUUUUUUCCUUCAUAAAUUACAAAUUACCCACUUACAAUUUUGACCUUGGAUUCAUUUUUGUUAUAUAACAAAUUAAAAGUGAAAGAUUUUUUAUGUAGCUUAUAAAGACAAUACAAACGUAAUUAGUUACUUUCGCCACCAGGAUAAUCCAGCAAAUUUGGAUAAAGUGUUAACUAAACAAGCUGAGGAACUAUUUGAAAGCAAGAGGUAUACACAGUUAAUUUAAGGAACUUGCUUCUCCUUCUUGUUAUUCAGCUGUAACAGUUCAACAAGGGAAAUGCAAAUCGUAUCAAGAAAAAUCUUGACUUUACCCUAUAAAAUGGUAUUUUCCAGACUCUGCAUCAACUAUCCACUGUUUAUUUCUACAAGCGCGUUUCUACGUUUGCGGAACUAAAGAUUUGAUAUGAGUCAAAGAGAGGUUUGCGAGAGGUCUGGCACUGAUAAUGAUUGGUGCCAGACCCCUUGCAGAGCUCUCGCCGCGGGCUAAGAAGCGUUCUUGCCGAGGUGCCACUAACAACGACCUGCUCUGUCUUAUGUGUUGAGUGGUGUAGUGAUAGAAUAAUGUAAAGGUAUUGUUUUCUUAUUUGAAUCGGGAAAUGUCGGAGUGACUGAUGGACAUAUUAUAUAUUUUUUUACACUUUCCCUUGUGUCUUAUUUAGUUACGCCAAUGCUGCCAGAUGCUAUGCCCAAACUCAAGUAUCAUUUGAGGAGGUUGCCUUAAAGUUUAUUCAAGUUGAGGAGAGCCAGGCACUCAGGAUGUUUCUUUUAAAAAAGCUAGAUAGUAUGAAAUACCAGGUAAAUUAAAUCAAAUUACUGACAGAGUUCCAGGGCUCGAACUUAACUUUUUUGUCUACUAGCAAAGUUUUGCUAGUAAGAUUUUUUUUACUAGCAAAAGAAGGAACCUAACUAGCAACUUUUCAAUGCAGCCAUUUUCAGCGUUAAUUUUUUAAUCGAAAUUCUACUGGAAAAAUACCGGUACUCGCAAAUGUUUGCUAGAGGAUAUUUUUUAGACUCGCAACUUCGAAAAACCACUCGCAUUUCGCGAGUUUGCGAGUGCUAAUUUCGAGCCCUGGAGUUCAUUGCAGGUCUUGGUAGAUAAUUCAAGAGAAGUGAGUUUUGUAUGGUAGCAGAAUGGAUGCAGUGCUUUUGAUCAAUUAAAAAGCUUCUACUAACAGAGGAUACAUGCUCUUUUUGCUAACAAAUUGAAAAGGAACUGUAGAUACAGAUACGGUAGUAUGAAACUAACUGUUAUGAUACGUGGAACCAGAGUAUAGAUGCACCUCUAUAAUAAUUUUAUGAAGGGUACAAGGUGUAACUGGAGGUUCCGCUUUUACCAUUCGCCCCUCACAUAAUUUCAACUCGUUCCCUUACGGCAAAAAGUAUGCUGUUGAAACCGCAAUAUAUUUCGAGAAGAGAGAGAUGUGGAUAUUAGAAAGGUUUUUCCUUUUUUGUCUUUUAAACAGUAUUUAAUUUUUUUUUUUUAAUUUUGUGUUUGGUUUUGUUUUAAAGGACAAGACACAAAUGACUAUGCUGAUAAUGUGGCUGAUCGAAUUGUAUUUGAACGACUUGGGAGGUUUAAAGGAAGAAAACGCUAAACUAAAGUACGAAGGCUUACAGGAAGAAUUCAGGAAGUUCCUUGCUCAAACCAAAGUAAAGGUGGGUGAAAAGAGCAUCUGAGCUGAUUAAAACAAACAUUGGCUUGUAUGGUAAACCUCACAUACGAGACUCUUCAUCAAAAUAACUCACCUUUUUCCUUACCGACUGAAACCGAUCGACAAGCUUUAGGUGGCUACCGAAGCGAAUCCCCCCGUCAAGCUAUGAAAUCCAACGGUAAUUCUUCUCUUAGAUGGAAUGAUAAUUCAUUGUGGACUAUCCUCCUCCUAAGUAUUUGAUCAGGUUUCUCUGGUAGUCCUCUGAUUGGUCAAUGCAUGUAUGUACCAAUGGGUGUAAUAAGGCUCUGUGAGAGUAGAGCAUCUUAAGGAUAUCAUGAUUCUGGCAGGCCAGAGUUCAACCGCGGACCUGCUGAUCCUGAUUCUACUGUAUCCUUUACAGUGGCCACUCUGGGAAAUAAUCAAAAUACAGAUACAUUAAAACUUGUAAAUCGAGUUAUAAUAAAUUUCAAUGAUUUAUUUCAGACAUGUCUAGAUCAAAACAGGAAGACAGCCUAUGAUUUGAUCUCUAGUCAUGGAGAUGUAGAGAACUUAAUAUUUUUUGCCAUGUUCAUGCAAGGUACGUCUUUCUAGAUUUAAACUGUAAAGUUACGGCGGCUGCAACCGAUAUUUAACGAUUCCCAUUAAUAGGGAAAUUUUACAAGAAAGCAAUAAAAUGUUGAUUAAAAGUUUUCCUCAAUUGUAAAUUUUUUGUUUUUGUUGUAGAUUUUGAGCAUGUUAUCAGUCAUCAUAUUCAGCAUGAUGACUUUAUGGCUGCAUUGGAUGUCCUCACUAAACAGGUUGGAAAACUGCUCUGUGGUCCACAAGAAUUUUACCUGGAUCCUUUGUUUAAAAAGAUGCUAUCCUAAACAUGCAUUGUAAACGUCUUAGAAGGGAGCGCGAGUUGGUGUCAGAUCGAUGUUUGGUCUCGCGCUUAGCUCAUUAGAAGAAAACAUGUUUUCUUUCUCCAAUCGCUACCUCCCCGUUAUAGAAUAUGAGAUGUGACCGCAAAUAUGGCGGAAAAAAACUGAAUUUCUUCACGAAAAUUACACACAUACUCCUUAAGCUACUCGUAUGUUAUAUUUUACUGCACAUGCAACUUUACGAGAUUAGGCUGAAGGUUCUACAUGUAUUCGUAAGCAGACAGACAUUUUUGAUACUUUUUUGUUUCUCUAGACAGAUACGGAGCUUUAUUACAAGUUCUCUCCUGUGCUAAUGCAGCACAUUCCGCGGCAAACGGUAAAUGCCUGGACUGAACAGAAAAAGAAGAAGCUGGAUCCACGCCGACUGAUUCCUGCGCUGGUUCACUAUCACCAACAAGGGAAGUCAACUCAGGUAUGAAUUGAAUGCAUUAUUGAAGCCCACCACACUUGGUGAAGCACCACAACCACGAUUUCACCGCGGCUGACCCCAAGUCCAAGGAGCGUUACGAGUGUCAGCCUUUCGUCAAAGCGAAUGAUUCGCUCUGACGAAGGGCUAACGUCAGCUUUAGAUAGUUUUCACGGGGGCCAACUUACGUCAUUAUCUCAGCUGAUAAAACCAGAUUAUUUAUCGACGCAGCACCACAGCUCCUUUAGAAACUUACCCUGUCUAGAUUUAUGAUGUUUGUUCACCCCGUUGAUUUUGACACAGACCGAGGAGGCCAUCCGCUACUUGGAGUUCUGCAUAGAGAGACUCGGAAACAGAGACCAGGCCAUUCACAAUUAUUUGCUGUCGUUAUACAUUGAACAAGAAGAUGAUGAGUCAUUAUUACGAUACCUGCAAAUGCAAGGACAGGUUUGAUACUAAAAGGCUCGGCAAGAAAAUUCCUUACGGUUUUUCUGCUCAUUUUACACCUGCUCAGAAUUAGCUGCAGUCUUUGUCAUUCGUACGAAUUAAUAAAGUUUCUUCCACAUGCAUUUUACCCCUCACCAUCUGUGUGAAAUACUAAUUGAACACUUUCAUAUAGCAGUGUACUCUGAGCCAACACUGUUCGUUUUGCAAACUAGUUCAUUGAUUUUGGUUAUGUUUUGUUGGUUUUUAUGCUUUGUGCAACCAAAUGUGCUGAAAGGAUAUGUUUUUUAGCUGAUGCUUAGGCGUUGUUUCAUGAUGCAGAUUUAAUUGCUUUUUUUUUCAAACAAAUGCAUCGUAUAUGCCAAAACCUAAGGACAAGCUAGUACCACUAAUUACAGUGAGGAACGCGACUUCCUGGGGAAACUCCAUUUUUUCCGAGGUUAUCUGCAGAAAACGAAAUGAAUCAAAGGAUAAACAAAUUUAUUAGUAGACAAAUGAGACUUGAGAAUUUUCACUGUUUCCUUGUAAAUGUAAGCUAUAUUCCAUGAAUUAAUGACCUGAAAAACCAAGGAGUCUUUUAUCGCCGAGAUUUUGUAACAAUUACUAUCGUCUUUUCUUCACUUGUUUGUUGUUGUUUUUGUUUUUCUUCGAUCUCACCAAACCCAUGUGUAACGAUCCCUGUCUCUUUAGGAUCCAGAAGAAGUUUGUUAUGACAUGAAGUACGCCUUGAGACUGUGUUCAGAACAUGACAAACAGAAAGCCUGUGUUCACAUCUACAGUACCAUGGGACUCUUUGAAGAAGCGGUGGAUUUGUCUUUAAAAGUAAUUAGAAUUCGGCUAUAUUUUACUCUAACUCUAUACAAGACGCUUAAAACCUUUGCCCCCAUGAGUGACUAGCAUCUAAUUUCUCCUUAAAUGCAAUAUUUACCUCCUGAAUCAAACAUCAAUGGUCACGAGAAUAAAGGAAAUAACUACCAAGUUUAGAAGCCCUCGAUUGUUAAACAACUUCUCCUUGUAAGCAUCAUAGGGAUUGUUUAGAAAUGAGUAAGGAGAAUAUACGAAUUGAUGUUGUGUACUUUGUGAACGAACUUGGUGUAUGACGACCGUUUUUGGGCUCACACCGUUAUGCUAAUUGUAUUUUUUAAAGGUCGAUGUAGAUCUUGCCAAGAUUCAAGCCCAGAAGCCCCCGGAGGACGACGAAGUGUUGAGGAAAAAACUCUGGCUCAGAAUUGCGCGACAUGUGGUGGAAGAAGAAGGAGAUGUGAAAAAGUAAAUAUACAGCGCAUCACCUGUCAACUGAGUACUGCUAGAUGGCUUGAAUUUUAACAUCUUCUACCAAACUUCAAUGAUCCAACGUUUGAAUUUUUACGAGGGGAAAAGCACCUAUACUUUUCUAUUUUUUUUCUGUUCAUGCUUGAAUCCUGCUUGAAGGAAAAUAACAAACAUCAUGUUUUUUUGUUAAAUGUUUAUACUUCUAAAGAGAAAUAUCGAUUACUCUUGUUAGCAUAGAGAUGUUCUCAACUGAGCAUCGAACGUAAUCAAGUACUGUAUAUUACUACCUCAGCGAUGUGAUGAAGUAUUUCAGUUGUUUGAAUCGUAAAAACUGAUGUUUUAUCUGUGAUUGCCAUUCUCACAUCAAUAUUGUUGUUGUUUUGUUUUUGUAGGGCAAUGGAGUUUUUGAACCAAAGUGAACUUCUGAAAAUUGAAGAUAUCCUUCCAUUUUUCCAGGAUUUUGUUACCAUUGAUCAUUUCAAGGUAAUAUUUCUCUAUUUUACUUAAAAUGCGCAAAAUAACACUUGGCUAAAACAUUUUCCCUUUCUUCGAUUUUCUUGGUCAAACAAUGGUAAUGUAGUUCACAUACUUGAAAUUUGUUUUUCAUUUUAGGAUGCUAUUUGCUCGUCACUUCAUGAAUACAAUCAACACAUUGAAGAACUAAAAAGCGAAAUGCAAGUAAGUGAGAGAAUUAUUCUUGUUAACUGGUUAAGCGCCUACUCUCAAAGUCUCAUGUAACUGUUUCAACCACAACAAAACACGAUGCAGCACAUCAUCUGCCUUUCGUUCAUCUAAACCUUUUAUCUCCCCAGAAUAGCGUGCCAGGACAAUGGGGGUUUUUUAUGUUAUUCUGAUUGCGCACUUCUCAGUGAAAAGGUUUCAUAUUUAAUUUCUUUUAUUAGGAAGCUACAGAAAGUGCCAAAACGAUACGAGGAGACAUCCAUGAAAUGAGAAAUAAGUGAGUUAAAUUAACGUAGUGCAUUAAGUAGCCCUAAAAAUGUUACAGGGGUUUUUAAUCUAUUAACUUUUCCAUUAGCGGAUACCGCUGGUGAAAUGGGCGGCUGUGUCCAAAAAGUGGCCAUAGGGCGAAACCCAAGCACGAGAGCCUGCUCGAUGGUAGUAAGAGGUCUUAACCCUUUAACCCUUCAGAGUGAUUGGCAUCUAAUUUCUCCUUACAAGAUCGCCCCUGAAUAAAGCAUUAAGGUCAUGAGAAUAAGGAAAAUGAUCAACAACUUAAGAAGCUCUUGAUUGUUAAACAAAUUCUCCUUUUCAGAACCUUAAGAAAUGUAUCGAGAAAGUAUGGAGAAUAUGCAUACUGAUGUUAGGAUGUAAAGGGUUAAAGGCGGCAAUAGACUGCUGGUAACCGACCUGUGUCGAAACCUCUAUUUAGGAAAGAAGUUAGUUAUUUGGUGAUCAUUGUCAUGGGCUAAGAAAUGAAGUAAUCGAGCAAGCUUAAUCGGAGAGCUGUUUUCUUUAUACCAAAACGCUACACCCAAGGAUUUGGAUUUCUUGCCGGGAAAAUUUGUCCUGUUUCUGCUGUCUUCAAGGCGUGCAGUUUCAUUUCGUUGGGCCACCAUUGUUCUGAAAUCACUCGUGAAUUUAAUUUUUUUCCUCCGUGUAAACUGCAUUUCCUUAAAUUGAUGUCUGUAUUACGUCAAUGUUCCAGGGCUUUGUUCUGUUAAUAAUCCAUACUCACUGCAGCUUCAAGGUCGUAUUGCCAUUGAUGUAGUUUCUAACCCAUUUUUUUCAUUCUUUUUCGCUGGACAUUUCAGAUACAGUAUUGUACCAGCUCAAGAGAAGUGUUCGAUAUGCCUAUAUCCACUUCUUACAAGAGGCUUCUAUGUGUUUCCCUGUCAUCAUUCCUUCCAUUCAGAUUGUCUUAAGAAUGAGGUGUGCACUUGAUCUUACAAUGCUUACUUUAAGGCAAUUUUCAAUUGAGUGUCGAAUGUAGCCCGGAUUGUCUUGGCUUUGCUUUACUCCGUUCAACGAUUGGUUCAAAAAACCAGCGCGAUGCUCUAAACCAAUCAGAUGCCAAACGAAAACCGAUCGUGAUUUUGUCGCCCGCGUUUUCCCGCACUUUUGGUUGUUUUUUUGUUUUUACUUUGAGUCCUCAUUGGCCAAUGAUAACGUAAAUAUUUGAUUGACUAUUGUGAUUACUUUGGGUUUCGUUUUUACGACAGUCAUUUGAAAACUGCGCUAUUUAGGAAUUUCCAUUGAUCUUAGUAGUGCUAAUUUUUGUUAGCCUUUGUUACUGCGAGCUUGAUUUCCACUAUUUUAACCCAAGAUUCUCUUAACAGUUCUGACGUUUUUGACAACUGAACCGGGAAUUUUCAUUAAAACUGGUAUUUUACUCGAUGUAAAGGAUGCUUUAGGUGGUGGGGGUCUAUCCCGUUGCCAUCUUCCAUGACCGUUGUCUACAUCAGUAUUGCACAUUUAUUGUUAAUAUAAAUUUGUCCCUGUAAAUUCUGAGGAAACAUUGUUGACUAAUUCAUCGUGUGGCGAACCAGACAUUCAACCUAUGUUAGGGAAUUGACCAGAUUUGUAGAUGUAACAAUUUGACAUAACAUAAAUAUAGCAAUCAACAUUACUUGCCCUUUGAUAUUAUCAUUUAUUUUGUGUUAAUGAUUCUAUCUGACUUUCACCUCUUGUUGCAGAUUUUACCACAUCUUAAAGAAAAACAGAGGUAUGACAAUUUUAGCUCACAAGACAUAUGUAAAACUAAAUUAUAGUUCGUCCCAUAGUUAGUUCCUAACCCCCUGCCGAUUCUAAAACGCUCAGUAACGUGUUGAGGGUUCUCUUUCUUCCCCUGGAGCUCCUUGAUAAGAAGCACAUGCGCACAGAAUGGUCGCAAGGGGAUUAUAGCAGGCAUAAAUUGACGUCAGUAUUUUCAAAAUGCACUGUUUUUGAAUUAUUCACAGAAUACCUCAAAGGAGGUGUUUUGAAAUUUCUCCUCUUUGGGAAAAGCCUGUUUGAUAUGGAGAGAAGGCCAAACUAGAGAAUAAAUGAUAAAUUUACUGAUAUAUUCAGAUUAGAGAAUGAUAGAGGUGACCUUAAAAUGUUAUCAAAGAGCAAGUAUAUUUGUCGCCACCUAAUCCAGGACUUUCUCGUUAUGUUAAAGAUAAAUGUCUACUUAUCUUUCAGGGCUAAGGUUCAAGACCUAUUUAACCAGCUCUACGCGACGUCAAGAACUGAUUCAUCCUCGGUUUCAUCGACCUCACGAGAAACUCUCAAGGUAUUUUGAAAUUGUGAGAGUCAUUGUAAAGAACUUUGUCCGGUUUGCUACUGUUAGGUCAUCGAGAAAAGUGCGUGCACCAUCAUUAGAACGCCUUGCAAUCAGUGAGUUAAAUAGUCCAGCAAGGGCGCUUACCCUUUUACUUACAAGAUCUCAAAGGAAAUUUACAUUUUGCCUUUCUAUAAAUUAGAAUACUAUUAAUUUAUCUUAAGUGUUUUCCUUUCUUUUUGGCGAUGGGUUGGGGAGGGGAGUCUUUUCUAUAAAAUAAAGUAACACCCUGUUAGGCUAGGCUACAUUUCCCCUCAAUUACCUUAGCCGUUCUGCAUGACAUUGGUAAUGGUUUAAAAGGAAAUAACUUGUUGGUCUCUCUUGGGAUAAAAUGUUGACUUAAGUGUUAACCAAUAGAACGAAACUCACUGAAACAUAGCAAGUUACCGCUGCAUGGCGUUGGAAAACUCGUUGCUGGUUGUGGCGUUAAUUUGAUAUCGUUGUUAGUAGUGCAAGCACCACCAAAUACUAAAAUUAAAAGCAAAAGAAAGAGAAAAAACAGACAAAUCAACUAAACCGAACAAAACAGAGAAACAAAACUUUGUGUUUCAGGAGAACAUAAUGGAUUAUACUUGCUCUGUAACCUCGAAGGCUUGAAAUCGUAGAAAAUUGCCGUUUGAUAUACUCAUUUUCCUUAGAAUGAGCUGGAUGACCUGAUCGCAUCAGAAUGUCCUUUCUGUGGGGAAAUUAUGAUCAGGUAGGAACAUUAUAUAACACCCAAUUACAACAAUGGAAGAUAUCUCGAGGAGCAAAUGAAAACUCGGAUUAAUGGCAAGCAAAUUUCCCAAGCGCGGGAAGACGCGUGACCAAGUCGCAACUGGUUUCAGUUUUGAAUUUGAUUGGUUGACCUAGUGGCGCGAGUCAUAUGGACCAAUCGUAUAACGAUUUAAAGCAAAUCCAAAGCAGUCCUGAUAGCGCUUGAUUUUGGUGAUGCUGUAUCUUAACUGAGUAAUUCGUUGCGAGGUAGACCUACUAAUUCAGUUUAGCGAGAAAUCAAACCACGCAGGUAAUGUGUCAGCAAGAAAUACAGGGUCUGAUUAUUUAAACGAAGCUAAGUUGAUGUUCGACAGAAUCACCUUCUAAACUUUCUCAGCUAAACGUUUCAUUUGAACGUUGAUUGUAGUAAGCCAGGUUUAACACGUUAUAAAAGCCAUUUAUUUUCUUCAAACAACCUAGUUAUAAAGGUAUCUCAAGGGUUAAAAACCGCGCAUAUCUAAAAGCGGAGUUCACGUUACUGUUGGAACUUCGCGACAGCAAGUGCAGUCAUUUUCAAUUGAGUGUCGAAUUUUUUGGGACUACCUUGAUUUUGCGUUACGUCCAUCUGUGAUUGGUUUAGAAAACCCACGCCAUCCUUUCGGCCAAUUAGAUGCAAAACGAAAACCAUUUGUGAAUUGGUCAGCCGCGUUUUCCCGCGCUUUUUGAGGUUUUUGAUUUGAAUUUUUACUGGCUGAUGACGACGGUAACCUUUGUUCUGAUUGGUUCUUGUGAUGUCGCUUAUGCUUACCUCCAUUGAAACUCCUACAACACUGACUUUCAUUCUCUUAUUGUCUUCAUCAGAUCUGUGGAUCAACCCUUUAUCUCACCAGACGAAUAUGAAAGUGUAUUGGAAAGCUGGCAGUGAUUUUUAACCAUAGAAUUAUUUAUGGUAGAUCUUCUUUAAGAGCAGAAUUUAUUUCCUCCAACCUCCUUACCCGCUGUUAUCACAUUUGCUUGGCUGACAUAUCAUCGUGUGAAAUAAAGACAUGGCAGCGCGAGAAAUCGUACCCCAGCUGGUUGGUGCUUUUGAACUAAGCUCUCAGCUAUGCACGGUGUUGACAUCCACUUGUAAGAACCUUUGUCAAAGCUUCGAGAUGCUAUUGCUCAACACUCCCUUUCUUGAGUACGGCGUGGAUAAGAUUAUAGUAAUUUGAAUCAGAUGAAAACGAAUUCAGUCAAAGAUAAGAGUUUGUAAUACAAUUUAGAC